AUGGAGCGCCUGGACGGGCGGGCAGACGAGGACGCGCCCCACGCGGAGAGCCACAUCUUCGCCCUGCAGCCGGUGCCCCUCGAGACCCUGGGCGUCCAGGCGCAGCGCCGCACCGCCGCCGCCGCGGCCGCCAACGGCUCCGUGCUGGCGGCCUUCCAGGGCGGCGACGUGGUCCGCUGGUACCCCGCCGAGGACGAGGCGAGCCCCGUGGACUUCGGGCGCGAGGGGUGUGGCGGCGUCGGCAGGAUCCUGCUGGAGCCGAAGGGCCUCCACGCCCUUGUCGCCAACAGCCAGGAGGACACCUGGCACGUCGGCCUGGACGGGAGGGCGCAGCGGCUUCAGAGGCUGCAGGGUCACGUCGUCGAGGCGGCGUCGUGGGACCCGGAGUCCACGGAAACGUCCACGCACGACGUGCUCUUGGGGACGUUCGGCGGGCAGAUCCUGCACCUCGUCGUGGAGGGCGGCAAGGAGAAGACCUUGCGUGCCCUCUUCGCCUUCACCGUCGGUCUGGCUGGUGAGCAGCACGGCAUGCCCGUCUGCGGCGUCUGCAGGGAGCGUGUGCUGGCCGCGGACGGCUCCGAGCGCACCGUGGUCUUCGUCGCCGCAGGCUGCGGGCUCUACGCCUUCGUCGGCUCGUCGCUGGACACGGUGUUCCAACGCUGCCAGGGGGAGGUGGCGAUGUCACGGGCGCUGGUCUUCGAGGUGCCCCGGGAUGCCCCCCACGGGGACCUCCAGCUGGCCCCGCGGUGCGUCGGAGCGGCCUCGUCCAAGGUGCUCUUCUGGCUGACGGGCGUGGGGAUCCUGGCCGCGACGGUGAAGUGCCCCCUCGGCCCCGACGGCGCCCUGCUGGAGUCCCCCCCCGGCCUGAUCCGCUUCCCGCGCUCGCCGAGGGCUGCGCGCGGCACCAGGUCUGGAGGCAGCCCAGUCUCCGCGCUGCUCCCCGAGACGCCGCCACCGCCGCCGCUGUCCAUGGCCCUCACCCCGUACCACCUGGUGCUGCUGUUUGAGGACCGCUGGGUGGUGGUGAGCCGCGUCAGCAGCGAGGUCGUCCAGCAGCACGAGUGGUCGUCCAGCGUAGCCGGCUCUCCGCGCGAGGUCGUGGCCGACGCGAACGACGACAGGGUCUGGCUGCGUUCCGAGAAGGGCCUGUUCGAGCUGCGAGCCGACCGGGAGGACCGCAACGUCUGGACGAUGUUGGUGAAGCAGGAGCAGUGGGAGGACGCGCUGCACGCCUGCAAGGGCGCCUCCCAGCGAGCCCAGGUCCUCACAGCGUACGCCGACUGGCUCUUCCGCCAGGGCCGGCUCGUGGAGGCGGCGCGCAGGUUCGCGGAGUCCACUGCCGCGGGGAGCGCGGACGGCGCCCCGUUCGAGCACGUGGCGCUCCGCUUCCUGCGGGCCGGCUGCAAGGACGCGCUCUCCGAGCUGAUGCGCCAGAGGAUGGAGCGCUGCCCCAAGAGCGACAAGGUUCUGCCACGCGUCAGCGUGCCGUGGGGGCACGGUGGCGGAUUGGGCGUGUGGGCGGUGGAGAUGGCACUGGGCCACCUCAACGACAUCUCGGCGCGGCCCGGCGGCAGGGCCAGGGCCCAGGCUCCAGCGGCGGCCGCGGCAGAGACCGACGCGCUGGAGGAGAGGCGGCAGAGCCUCCGGGAGUUCCUCCGCAAGCGCUGCUGCGACCUCGACGUGCACGCGACGCUCUACCACCUGCUGCAGUCCCACGGGUGGCUGGAGGAGCUGGUCGACUUCGCCGAGAAGCUGGCCGGCUUCGCGCCCGAGGGCGCCGCGGAGGCCCUGGUGUGCCGCUUCGCGCCGGUGCUCUUCGGCGUGGACCCUCCGGCCCUGGUGUCGCUGCUGCUGCGGCCCCAGCUGCAGGGCCUCGACCCCCGCUCUGUGCUGCCGGCCCUCUACGCGCCUGGCGCCCCGCGCGCGCGCCGCGCGGAGGCCAUCCGGUACCUCGAGCACGUUCUGCGCGAGAUGCCCGAGGUGGCCGGCCAGCUCCCGGGCGGCGCGGAGGGCGCCGGGGGGGCCGCCACGGGGCAGCCGCACAGGCAGCGGAGCUUGAGGAUCAACAGCGACCAGGUCAGCGGGGCGCUCGGGGACGAGGAAGCGGCUCUCGUCAGCGACGGGCACGGCGCGGCGGGGGUCGGCACCUGGGCAUCGGGCGCCGCGAUCGUCAACGCCCUGGCGGUGCUCUAUGCGUGCUGCUGCGCUGACGGCGACGGCGCGGCCGAGCGGGCCGGCGAUGGCCCGAGCGGAGCGGAGGAGGAGCUGCUGUACUUCCUCGCCGGCCAAGAGGGCAACCCGGUGCUGGACGCCCACUUCGCGCUGCGCGUGUGCGCCGAGCGGGGGCUCUCGCGCGUGGUCGUGCUGCUCUACGGGCUGCUGGAGCUGCACGAGGCCGCCGUGGACGUCGCCCUGCGGUGCGGCGACGUGGAGCUGGCCAAGCGCCACGCGUGCAGGCCCGCGGACCGCGCGGUGCGCCAGCGGCUCUGGCUGCGCGUGGCGGAGAGCAGGGCGGCGAGCGGCGACGACAUCGCCAGGAUCAUGGGCCUCAUCUCCGAGUCGCAGGAGGUCACCGUCCGUGACUUGCUGCCCCACCUGGCCGAGUCCAUCACGGUCGAUGCCCUGAAGGACGAAAUCUGCGCUUCGCUGAGCUCGUACGAGGAGCAGAUGCGGACGCUGCGGCAGGAGAUGGACGACCACCGCAGGGCGCUGCUCGCGUUCAAGGAGGACCUGGACCUGGCGGAGGGGCGCCGCGUCGUCAUCUCGCACGGCCAGCUCUGCGAGAUCUGCCAGGCGCCCGCCCUCGGCGAGAGGUUCUACGCCUUCCCGUGUGGGCACUGCUUCCACGAGGGUUGCCUGCGGGAGCUGGUCGUGCCUAGCCUCAGCGUGGAGGGGGGGCAGCGCCUCUUCACGCUGGAGGCGACGCGGAUGGAGCAGCAGGCGCCAGUGGUGGUGAACCUUGGUGGGCUGCCCGGCGCCACCCUGGACGAGGUGGAAGAAGAGCUGGACACCAUACUCGCAGACGACUGCGCGUUCUGUGGGCGACUGAUGGUUCGAACCGUUGGGCGGCCCUUCAUCGAUCCGACCGAGGAAGAUGAGGCGGAGUCGUGGUCCGUCAUGUGCGAGGAAACC